ACAAGAUAAACGACAUUAUCAAAACACAACAUGACAUAUAUUAGACUAAGUACUACAAUAAAACUCAUAUAUUUUCUUCAAACCCAUAUCGAGGUACAAUGUUUUUGGCCACCUGCAUAUGUCAUAGACUUGCACGAUAACGAUACUUUUGAAAUAUCAGAAGAUUUAGGAAUGAAUACAGACGAUAUUGUUGAAGAUAGCGAUGAAAUGAUACCUGAACGAGAACUGAGCAGAUUUCAGUUCAACAAAAAUCCUCAUAAAUUUGUUAGACUUCAUCAAAUUAUCGAUGGAAUAGAAAAACGGGCAGCUGAGCAUGAAGUAACUCACUCUAGCAAUAGUUUCAAUUAUACAGAAGAGAAUUUCUAUCAUGAGUAUCCUGAGGAAAGAAACACGUCUCAUUUCACUUACUAUUUGAAGGAAAGUCUUAAUGUGGAAUAUCACAACAACAUGUCGAAAAAUUCUAUAAAAUCCAAUAACGAAGAAAAACGGCAACUCAAUGAUACUGAUACCAAAGCCACAAUAUAUGAAAGUAAUAAGGAUUAUAAUUAUGACGAAAUGAAAAGAAGAUUCGAAGAAAAAAUAGUAGAAGAAAUUAGUACAGAAAUAAAAUACACUGAAAUGAAGGAAUAUGAAGGUGCUGCCGAUUCCUUGAAAACAAUAUGGAAAGAAAAAGAUGAGAUCAACUGUACUCUUGAAGAAAUGAAGAAUAUAAAUAGUAAGGCGCUUUUAUGUCUACUCAAAGAGCCAAAAAGUAAUAAAGCUUCAAAGUUCUUCACAAGAUUAGGAGAAAUAUCCCUUAUCUGGUUGAUUGUUUACAUCGUAAUUGCAGUUCCUUUGUGGUGUACUAGAGGAUGGUGUUGUUGCUGUUUUAGGUGCGAAUUCUGUCAACCCAGGAAUAAGAUAGACUGGAUAAAAGAAUAUUUCAUUAAAAACCCUGUUGGAGUAAUACACGAUAAUUAUGAAAACAGAGUUGUAUAUCAACCCACGAAUUAUGAAAAGUAUUAUUAUGAAAAUCUAGAGAAAGAAUUAAGAAAAUUAAUUUCACAUUGAAAUAAAAUUAUUUUGAACUUU